UAUGCUGUGUGAAGAGUCUACUCUGCUAAGCUUCCUUCAGGAGGAGAAGCUGUCGCCGCUGCUGUGCCAUCCAACACUUUGCCUUCGAGUGGACUGUUUCUCAUUCACUUUUACAGUCCCAGUGAAUUAUGGAGCAUACAGCUUCCACAGCCAGCUUUUCAGACAUCUCAACCAACAAAUAAGGAAGUUACUGGAAACACUCAUUUGGGAAUUUGGAUAUUUUAUCAUUUUUAUUUCUCGAAAAGGGCACACAUUAUUUGAAGAAAAUGAGCAACAUAUACGAAUCAGCGGCAAACACACUUGGACUUUUUAACAGCCCUUGCCUGGCCAAAGUUGAACUGCGAGUGGCAUGCAAAGGGAUAUCAGACCGGGAUGCACUUUCCAAACCGGACCCCUGUGUGAUCCUUCAAAUGCAGUCUCAUGGCCAAUGGCUAGAGGUUGACAGAACAGAGAUUAUCCGAAGCAGUAUAAACCCAGUCUUCUCCAAAGUGUUUACUGUAGACUUUUACUUUGAAGAAGUUCAACGGCUACGGUAUGAGGUUUAUGACAUCAGCAGCAACCACAACGGACUGAAAGAUGCAGACUUCCUUGGUGGAAUGGAAUGCACGCUUGGCCAAAUUAUAUCUCAGAGAAAACUCUCCAAGCCAUUACUGAAACAUGGAAACACAGCUGGGAAAUCCUCAAUAACCGUGAUUGCAGAAGAGCUAUCUGGGAACGAUGACUAUGUCGAGCUAUCAUUUAGUGCAAGGAAACUGGAUGACAAGGACUUUUUCAGCAAGUCGGAUCCUUUCUUGGAAAUAUUCAGAAUGAACGAUGACGCCACCCAGCAGCUUGUGCACAGAACUGAGACUGUCAUGAACAAUCUAAACCCAGUAUGGAAAACCUUCAAAGUCUCAUUGAAUUCUCUGUGUAGUGGAGAUCAUGACCGCGAACUAAAGUGCAUUGUUUGGGACUGGGACUCCAAUGGCAAACAUGACUUCAUUGGAGAAUACCAUUCGACAUUCAAAGAAAUGCUAGGGGCCAUGGAUGGAAGACAGGUGCAGUGGGAAUGUAUAAAUCAAAAAUACAAAGUCAAGAAAAAGAAUUACAAAAACUCAGGAAUUGUAAUUCUAAACCAGUGCAAGAUCCACAAGAUGCAUUCAUUCCUAGAUUACAUUAUGGGUGGAUGCCAGAUCCAGUUUACAGUAGCUAUAGAUUUUACAGCUUCAAAUGGAGACCCACGGAACAGCUGCUCAUUGCACUACAUCCAUCCCUACCAGCCUAAUGAGUAUUUAAAAGCAUUGGUUGCUGUGGGGGAGAUUUGUCAAGAUUACGACAGUGACAAAAUGUUUCCUGCCUUUGGUUUCGGAGCAAGAAUACCAUCUGAUUUCAAGCAGACAUUCAUGGUCUCCCAUGAUUUUGCAAUAAACUUUAAUGAAGACAACCCAGAAUGUGCAGGUAUACAGGGGGUUGUAGAAGCUUAUCAAAACUGCCUUCCAAAGAUUCAACUAUAUGGACCAACAAAUAUUGCCCCGAUUAUUCAAAAGGUGGCCAGUUCUGCUUCAGAAGAGAUGCACACCAAGGAAGCAAUGCAAUACUUCAUCCUGCUGAUUCUGACGGACGGAGUGAUCACCGACAUGGCUGACACCAGAGAAGCGAUAGUUCACGCUUCUCACCUCCCCAUGUCUGUGAUCAUCGUCGGGGUUGGCAACGCAGACUUCAGCGACAUGCAGAUGCUCGACGGGGAUGAUGGCAUUCUUAGGUCUCCCAAGGGGGAGCCUGUUCUACGAGACAUUGUGCAGUUUGUGCCAUUUAGGAACUUCAAACAUGCAUCUCCUGCUGCACUAGCAAAAAGUGUUUUAGCAGAGGUUCCGAACCAAGUGGUGGACUAUUACAAUGGGAAAGGAAUCAAACCAAAAUGUCUGUCUGAUUACGAGUCUUCUAGGACACUCGCACCCUAACAUCUCAGCACACUUUUACAUAGCUCAGAGAAUAAAAAUAGCACGUUUUGGUAAUUUUUAACUAAAUCAUUUUUUUGCAUGUGUAGCCUUAAGGCUUGCAUCUGUUAAGCAGUUGUAUUGGUGAUUAACAUUUUUACAGGGAAAAAAAAUGACUUCUUUACAUAAGAGCAUGUCGCCUUGAAAAUAAUUAAAAUACAAGUUAUCUGUAUCAGUUUUUAUACAGGUUUGUUGAGAUUUUGCUAAAUUUCUUAAUAUUCUUACACUGUAAAGCAUUUUGGAUGAACUAUUGAAAGUUGAUAGCUAUCUGUAUUAGUACCAUCUGCUCCAAAUGAAUGUUUUUGGGUUUUUUUUUCAGAAAAAAAAGCAGGUGCAUGGACUGUAUUUUGCAUGUUUAAAAUAAAAAGACACUGUUUUUAGUUCAUUGUCCUUUUUUGUGUUGAUGUAAAAUAAGAUGCUUCCAAUAAGCAGCAGAAUUAUGAGGAAGGUAUAGUAAAUAUAUCAUAUGAAUUAAUUACACAUACAGUGUUGCAGCUGUGUGGAGUGGAGUAGAAUCCUGAGGAGUAGACUAUAAAAUGAACUAUUGUAAUAAACUACCAUCUCAGGCCAUUAAACUGGAAAGGCAAGGCAAGAGUGGACAUAAACCAUAAAUCAUACAGUUCUAAAACAAAUGUCUCACUAUUUAAAUAAAGAGCAAGCUACUACGUAGAGAGGUUAAUAUGUGUCUUAUGCUGAUAUCAGUAUUAUUAUCUUAUCAGCCGCUAGAAGGAAAUCAAUUAUGACAUACAGCAUAAAUAUAUAUAUACCCACCCAUCUCCCACCUCAGACACACACCUCUCCCACCUCGGAGCUCAAGGAUAGACAGCUCAAUUUUGGGACCUCAGUAGUGGGGCUGUGGGUCACACUGAGUCAGAAAGUUAGUUCUGCUCCUGGAAAGUAACCAAGACCACAGUUAUUUUUUGAUAACCCUAUGUAUUUCAAUUUUAGUCCAAAAUAGAAAACUUGAAACCAUAAAUCAAUCUCACCCGGACUUUGAGCUGUAUUCCCAUGUUUUAUAUUCCUGGGCGCUAAGAUGAAAAUCAAACACAAGUUUGGCUAUGCAAUAUGUAGAGCCAAAUAAGUAAAAUUUUGUCACUAGUUAAAAAUAAAUAAAAAAAUCGUCGAUACUGCCUAUUUUCUUGUAGCAGGCACCUCCCUGAGGAGAGCCAUUUUAUUUCUCUUGUCAUGUGUUUACAGCACUCCCUCUAAAAUUGAUGGAAAUCCCUGGUUUCAAACUGUUAUUGGCAUUGUUUAUUUUAUUUAUUGAUUUGUUUUUCUCUGGUUGUUGCACUGUCUCUCUAAGAAAUGGUGUAUUGCUGGGCUUGAGCAUUAAAAAUACAUGCUUUCCUGUCAGGAAAUCAUACUGCCAAGUCACUGCAUUUGAGAAUAUAACAUCAAACACAACCAGUUGGAGCAAAAACACAUAACUUUAAACUUAGGGAAUUCUGUAACCUGUGAUAAAA